AUGACCGUUGUGUACUUAAUUGUAAAAACCCGUGAGAACACGCCAACAGCGCUGAAAAAUAAGACAGCCGUCUUCUUCUUCAUACUUUUGGGAGCCAACCUGAAUUUCCUGAAUUUCGGAGCAGGUUUUUCUAUCACAUCCGAUUUGGAGAAACAGUUUAGCACGGACUCCACCACUGCUUCUUGGGUUAUCUCUGGUUAUGCACUGACAGUCGGAUCCUUUGUGAUUCUGUUUGGAAAACUUGGAGACAUUAUUGGACUUCAUAUCAUUUUUGUUGCCGGUCUGGCUAUAAUUACAGUUUUAAGUCUGAUAAAUGCUCUCAUUAGAAAGGAGAUCAUCGCUCUGAUUACAUUCCGUGCACUUCAAGGGAUUGGUGGAGCCGCAAUUCUUCCGUCCGCAAUUGCACUUACAGGAAAUUACUUUACUGGGAAAGCACUCAACUUAGCCAUCAAUGGUUUGCUUCUUGCAUUUACUGCCAGCAUGGGUAUCGGAAUCUUACUCGGAGGAGCAUUUUCCUUAACCAGCAUUGGUUACCGUUCAUUCUUCUAUUUCACGUUUGCUCUUGGUCUCAUUUGUGUGAUCUAUCUCACUCUGACAAUAAUUCCUGUCGAACGGUCCGAGCCUCGCAAGAACAUGAAGGUGAAAAAUCUCAAUUUUGGCGGAGCAGCUUUUUUGGUUGCGGGAUUGAUUUUAAUAAUUUACGGCUUCACUACUGCCGGUCUUCAAUGGUCUACACCGAAGGUCUAUGUAACCAUUCCCAUUGGAGUGGUUGUGGUACUUGCGGUGGUUCUUUUUGAAGGCCUCUACAUUGGACCUUACAAACACAAACAUUCUGCUACCAAAAAUUGGAAAACGGACAUUGAGCUCCUUUUCCCACCACAGAUCCUCACCAUCCCUAAUUUCAUCCCAUUUGCGUGCGGUCUUUUUUGCACAUACGCAGCCUUUACUGGUCUUCAAAACAUCCUUGUCCAGUAUUUUGAAUUUGUCCAAGGUAACAGUUCACUCAUGGCAGCCGUUAAGCUGCUCCCACUUACUGUCGGUCUUAUUUUCGGAAGUGUGGUCUAUAGACCGAUCAUGGCCGAGAAGAUCGGAACCAGAAACAUUCUCGUGAUCUCCGCAUUCUUUUCGCUUGCCACUACCGUCUGGUGCUCGAGAUUGGACCAGUCCAGCAACUCCUUCUGGAAAUACGAAUUUGCUCCACUGUUCCUGUAUGGAUACGGAACAAACCUAUUCUAUCAGGUUUACUAUAAUGCAAUCCUUUCCCAGACUCCAAAGCACCUUCAAGGAAGUGUGAGUGGUGUGUUCCAAACCAUGUGCCAGAUCGGUGUCAGUAUCGGAAGCGCGAUCACAACCACCAUCAUUGGCUCGGUGAGCGAAGCAAAUGCCUCGCAAGCAGCCGAACUAAGUCCGAAAAUGCGGAAUGCUUUCUACUUCUGCGUCGGCUGUCAUGCAUUGGAAGUGGUUCUGAUGCUGUUUAGCACAAACCCUAAACCGAAAACCGAAGACCACGAGGAGAAAAAACUGGAAACAGAGCCAUGA